AUGAUGAUGUUCAAAUCAUAUAUUAUUAUUUUAUCCAUUGUAUCUGGUCUUGUUUUAACUAAACCCAUAAAAAAUAUCAAUAAUGAAAAAACUUCCCAAGAUAUAUCAACUCAACAAGUUUUUCGACAAGCUGAAAUGACUCUCAAUCGUUAUUUUCAAUCAAUGAAAUCCGAUACAGAUCGACUUGUUCAUGCUUUGUUACUUAUGUUAAUAAAUAAUCCAAAAUCAUUUCCACUAGUACCAAAUCGUACAUUAGAUAUAGCAUUGAAAAAUUUUGAAAAAAAAUUAGGUAAAAAUAACUUGGAUAUAUUAAUCAAACCAAUAUUUUUGUCUAUGGAACAAAAUGCUCUAAACAAAUCGAAUCAACCAUCAUCGUUUCAAUUGACGGAUGAAAUUAAACAUGAAAUAGAAGAUGCAUUGGACAAAUUCUUGGAAGAACAGGAAGACUCUUCUGAUAUAUAA